GGUUUCUCUUGGAGCUGGUUAGGCUUUGACCGGCCAGCAGACCCACAGCGACGACGUGUUCCGUCGUGUCCAGUCACAGAGUGUACUCUUUGGCCGGGCUUUCUGUCUUUUCAGCCACUUUUGCUGGACAGGCCGUCGCAGCUGGCCUGAGCAGUGACCUGGCGGGCCGCGCCUGCGCCCUGCCGCGUUUCCUGCCUGGCUGGUGGUGGCGGCCAUUUUGUUCAUCCUCCUCCUCCUCCUGCUCCUCCUGGUUGGAGCGCAGUGUCCGGAGCGGGCUGGGGGGAGCGAACCCGAGAGAGGGGUUCAGUACCUUUUCAUCUGUCCCCAGCCGGCGCCCGGAGCCCCCCUCCCCUUCCUUCCCGCCCCCUCCCCUCCCCAGCCCUGCCCUCCCCCUUGUCCCGGGAUCACUCCGUCGCACCCACCAUGAUGGAAGACGACGGACAGCCCCGGACUCUAUACGUAGGUAACCUCUCCAGAGAUGUGACAGAAGUCCUUAUUCUUCAGUUAUUCAGUCAGAUCGGACCCUGUAAAAGCUGUAAAAUGAUAACAGAGCAACCCGAUAGCAGAAGGGUCAACUCUUCUGUUGGAUUUUCUGUUUUGCAGCAUACAAGCAAUGACCCAUAUUGCUUUGUGGAAUUUUAUGAACACAGAGAUGCAGCUGCUGCAUUAGCUGCUAUGAAUGGGAGAAAAAUUUUGGGAAAGGAGGUCAAAGUAAACUGGGCAACAACACCAAGUAGCCAGAAAAAAGAUACUUCCAAUCACUUCCAUGUGUUUGUGGGGGAUUUGAGUCCAGAAAUUACAACAGAAGAUAUCAAAUCAGCAUUUGCCCCUUUUGGUAAAAUAUCGGAUGCCCGGGUAGUUAAAGAUAUGGCAACUGGAAAGUCCAAAGGCUAUGGCUUUGUAUCUUUUUAUAACAAACUGGAUGCAGAGAAUGCAAUUGUGCAUAUGGGGGGUCAGUGGUUGGGAGGUCGACAAAUCAGAACCAAUUGGGCCACACGUAAACCACCUGCCCCUAAAAGUACACAAGAAACUAACACUAAGCAGUUAAGAUUUGAAGAUGUAGUAAACCAGUCAAGUCCAAAAAACUGUACUGUAUACUGUGGAGGAAUUGCUUCGGGGCUGACAGAUCAACUUAUGAGACAAACAUUUUCACCGUUUGGACAAAUUAUGGAGAUAAGAGUCUUUCCAGAGAAGGGCUAUUCGUUUGUCAGAUUUUCAACUCAUGAAAGUGCAGCCCAUGCCAUUGUUUCUGUGAACGGUACUACAAUCGAAGGACAUGUGGUUAAAUGCUAUUGGGGUAAAGAAUCUCCUGAUAUGACUAAAAACUUCCAACAGGUUGACUACAGUCAGUGGGGCCAGUGGAGCCAAGUGUAUGGCAAUCCCCAGCAGUACGGACAGUAUAUGGCAAACGGGUGGCAAGUGCCGCCCUACGGAGUGUAUGGGCAGCCGUGGAACCAGCAAGGCUUUGGAGUAGAUCAAUCACCUUCUGCUGCUUGGAUGGGUGGAUUUGGUGCUCAGCCUCCUCAAGGACAAGCUCCUCCCCCUGUAAUACCUCCUCCAAACCAAGCUGGGUAUGGAAUGGCAAGUUUCCCAACACAGUGAGCUGGGACUCUAAACACAAUUAUAAAUCACCACAGGCUCCAAUCUCCUGUGACACUGAAGACAUGAAAAGGAAACAUCGGAAAAUGGAAAUAUUUAUUUUAAAAAUUGAAAUGUUUGGACCCUUUAGCACAGCUUUGCUUGGUGAAGGACACAUGUCUUCUAGUUCUGCCUUUUUAAGUUUUUGUUCAUGAUGGAUAUGAACAUGAUUUUUCUUUGUGUACAAAAAACUAAAAUAAAGUCAAUAAAGACAAUUCUGACUAUAAAUUUUGAUAUAAUAGGAGAAAUGGGUAAUACACUUUGAUCCUUAGACACUAUUCCGUUUUUAUCUUGCUGUUCAGUAUUUUAACUCACUGUGUUUUUAAAAGAGCAAAAAAGGGAGUAUCGUGAAAAACUGAGAAUCACAUCAGUUCGUCCUGAAUUAUGAUACUCCCCUCCCAUCCCUGAGGUGGACCACAUAGAAGUCAGCAGGAAAAAGUGAUUUCAGAAGAAGUACAUGAUGUGGGAAUCGCUGUGGAAGAAACACGUUAUUCUCUUAUGUUAAAGAAAAUGAAGCCAGACUGAAAGCUUACAGCCUGAAUAAGGACCAGCAUCAUCGGAGUUUCUUGAAUGAUUGUUGGUGGUCCAUAUUAAGACAUAUUUUUAAAACUUUAAAAGUGUUGGUUAUCAAAAAUGUAUAUUACAUUUCAUUUUGAGGGAAAAUUCCAAGUAUGAUGUUUAUAUUAAAGUCAGAUGGUCAUACAUGUCUUUUACAUGGAGUUUAAAUGACAAACGUUGUAAAUAUUGAGAACUACAGUGUUUCCAAAGCAUGCUUCAACAUAGAAGUAGCAGCAAUGUCAUUACUCGAGGGGACAACAUGCUCGCUGCGAGUGCAGUGCUCAGUAGCAGUGUUAAUACUGACGUCUUCACGUCUUCACAGUUGGCCAUGUAAAAUGAGAACGACACAAAUGACUACACAGAAGAAGCCUUAAUUUCAUACAAACCUUUGAUGCAUUAGUAUAUUCUAAAUUGUAAGUGGAAGUUAGAUUUGGGCUUUUUUUUCCUUCCCUCUUUGUUUCCUUUUGUUUUGCUUUUGUUUUGGUACAUAAAUACCUUGAUCAAAACCCAGUGAAAUGAUUUCAGAGUUCCUAUAAGUUGUAUAGCACAAAUUUUUUUUUAAAAAAUCUUGGGAUGUUUUUAAAAAUUAGUAUAUUUUCCCCAAGAAUUUUUUAAACAAGAUUGCUAAAAUAUCUUAGACAACUUAAUGUACCAGUUUAUAAUCUGAUAACCAAUCUGAGUCUUACACAAAGUUGUGACUUUUAUUUCUAAUUUGUUUUUUUUCCCCCUUGGGAGUGUGUGGGUGACAGAUCUGAAUAGGCCUGAGUUGUAUGUGUGCAGUUUAAUUGAAUCUUUGGGAAGAUGUGGGAGUUCCGGACAUGCUCUCGCAGUAUCUUUCAGUCUAUGUGGAUACAGUCUGCCUCAUAGUUCUAUAAAAUGAGAAUGUGAAAUAGAUAAAAUCCUAUGUGUUUCAAUUGUGACAGCUGGGGGUGCAAAUAUUUUAAUAGUGUGUUAAACCUGUUGGCCUGUGUAUGCACAAGAGCAAAAAACCCUAACCUAACCUUUUUGAGGUAAGAUGGGUAAGACGCACCUGGCAUCCACACUAAGCUGUUGAAGUCUAAAGAUUAAGGUAAUGUGGUUUGUUUAUAUAUAUACAUACAUAUAUGUAUGUAUAUAUAUAUUGGUGACCACAAAGAUUCUGGAGUUUAUUCCCUCCUUCACUUAGAAAUACAGCCAAAUGUAUUCAGCAUAAAAAUGUACAGGGUCUGAAGUUCUUUUUUGAGCCAAAAUCUUUAUGUACCUUAGGUUUUUUUGUUUUUUGUUUUUAAACCACAACUAACCCUGUGUUACACCCGUCAAUGGCUAAAUAUACCCAUGGGGGUUUUUUGGUCAUACCUUUGGGGAAUGUUUUUGGAAAAGUUAUUUUAUAUUUUAUAAGAAGAAAACAGGAAGCUAUAUUCUGCCCUUGAAUUAAGAUUUCCAUUAAACUUUGUGAAACUCGAACAACCUAAAGACUUUUUAAGUUGAUAAAUUGAUAAAAGCUUAUUAAAUUAAAAUUUCAGUUUCCCUUUUUUUCCUCUGCUAGUAACUUAAGUGGCUUAUUGAGAUAACUAAUGGCUAACUCUAGCUGUAGUCUUUUCUGUUUUAUAUGAGUUAAUAAAAUUAUCCAGACUAGUUACAUUGCCAUAGUAAGUAUGUGACUGACAUAUCUUUUGUCUUAAUUUGGAUGAGAAAAAAUGUUUUUUGGUCAGUCACAGUCAUUUCACAGCAACUAGUUUUAAGAUAGAGAGGACGUGUGCAAAUGAAAUGCACCAUUUUAAGAAAUGGGACAAUCAGCUCGCACAGGUCCAACUGUCUUACAAUGCAGAUUUGAGUUCAUGCCCUCUGUCCACUUUAAGCCUAAGAACUGUUGCCUUUUCUUUCCUGUGUUCAUCAAGAACAGCAGAGGGACUCUUUGGCAUGCAAGGAGAUGUCUCUCAUAGUUUCUUGAGCUUUAUCUUGGUGUGUUUGCCUGCCAUCGUCUGUGCUUGAAUCCUUUCUACUAGCAUUUUCCUCGGUGCCAGUCCGUCUGAUCUUUGUUUGCUGCCAGUGAGAGGCCAACUAAAGCCAAAGCUGUAAACCACAGUUGAAGUAAGUCUUUCAAUAAAGACUAGUCUAUGUAA